CCGUGUUCUCCUUUUGAAUCCAGAGUGAGUCCAGCACCCACUCUGGAGAUCUGCUGGAUUUCAGGACAAGAGAAGAAUGGAGGAGGACAACCAGAACCCAGAGCAGCGGAAUAACAAAGUCCCCAGAAGGCAAUCAGCAGGCCCGGACUCUGAUAGCAGCCAUGUUCAGAAACAGAGAGGAGGAGAGGGACCCAAACGUCACCACUGUCAGCAGUGUGACAAAUCCUUCACAACAUCUGGACAUUUAAAGAUUCAUCAACGCAUUCACACUGGAGAGAAGCCGUACAGCUGUGAUCUGUGUGGUAGAACAUUCUCUGAGAGCGGUAGCCUGAAAAUCCACCAGCGCAUUCACACUGGAGAGAAGCCGUACUGGUGUGAACAAUGCGGGAAAACGUUUUCUGUGAGAAGUAGCCUUAAAAAACACCAGCGUGUUCACACUGGAGAGAAGCCGUACAGCUGUGAUCUAUGUUGCAAAACCUUCUCCAGGAUGUAUUGCCUAAAAAUGCACCGACGCGUUCACACCGGAGAGAAGCCGUACCGCUGUGAUCUAUGUGGGGAAACAUUUGCUCAGAGUAGUAGUCUUAAAUCUCACCAGCGCGUUCACACUGGAGAGAAGCCGUACAGCUGUGAUCUAUGUGGUACAACAUUUUCUGAGAGAGCUAACCUGAAAUACCACCAGCGCAUUCACACUGGAGAGAAGCCGUACUGGUGUGACCAAUGUGGGAAAACAUUUUCUGUGAGAAGUAGACUUAAACAACACCAGCUCAUUCACACUGCCUCGUUGUGAGCAUGUUUCAGAGCCAAGCUGUUUCCUCCUGCCUCAUCCUCAUGCCAUGAUAACUGUGUUUUUAUUUUCUUAUCUUCUCUCCACAUUGAAGGCUGACCA